CAUAGACCAGUUAUGUUCACUCUUGUUCAGUAGCAUCGCUGAGGUCGCAUAUUUUAGUUGUCAUGCCGAUGCCUAUAAGGCAAAAUAGAUGAGAUGAGUUGUCUUAAAUCAACGAAAACAAAUUAUAUGACUUGCGAAACUGUGAACGAUUGUCUUAUCUCCAGUGUGUACAACACCACCACAUGCUUGUGCUGUGGCUAGAAUAUUGAUUGCUAAAAUAAAUCGUCGUCAAUGUGCUAACGUUAUAUUCUCCAUAGGCCAUCGGUAAGCUUGAUAUUGGGAAGAUUAAUAGAUGUAACUUUUUAAACCUUCAAAUUACGUCUUUCGAAAUAUAAUAAUGUAUGACAAUUUAAAAAUAAUCUUCUAGAGAAGAGUAAUAAUAAUUAAAAAAAUAUAUAAUAAUACAGAUGGCACGAUGUAAUAUUGCGUUCAUACUCGAAGCCAGAUGGCGCCCUCUCUUGCAGUAUUCUGUACGCGAUGUCCCAACUCGUUCAUAGAAGUAGACUCUCCCGCAAAUAUCCUCGACCUCGUGUAGAAAUUCUCUGGCUAAAACGCUAAAACCAUGACUAAAACAGCCAGCAGUCGUGACCAUGAUCGUGAAGAUAUUAUCUUUUUCUGCAAACCAUCUCGGAUCAACGUGAGGCUCCUUGUAGCAGUGUCUUAAGCAUUCAGCAACGUGAGGAUCCUUGUAGCGGUGUCUUUAUGACAGCAUGGACCCUGCAGCACUAAGAGUUCUUAUUGAACAGGAAAUCAGGAAGUUAAUCCUUCCCUCAGGAAUCCCAAAAACUUUGGAUGAACUGAGGAAAGCUGUUAAGGAGGAAUUUAAUAUCACUGAUGAUUUCUCUCUUCAGUAUAAAGAUGCUGACUUCAACGACUUCUUUACCCUUACAUCCACUGACCAAAUUCAGCACAAAGAUACUAUCAAAGUUGUAUUCUCUUCUCCCAUUGUUCUAACACUGUUUGCAGAAGGUGAAGGAAACCUCAGUGCCAGUACAUCACUGUCAGCAGAUGAAGAAUCUUCUAUUUCUACUGCAUGUUCAGUUGAUGACGCUGUCCCAUGUGAAUCCACAUUCACUUCUUCUGUAGAAACAGUCAUCAUUGCCCCCCCACAAAGUACCACAAGCAGGUUGCCAUGGCCUGAUGACUUCCCUAUCCCAUCUUUUUCUCCAGAAGUAGAGAUGGUGCUCAAAAAGGCUAUGGAGAGUUACAAGACAGAUGGUAGCCUUCUAAAUGUCCAAACUGUGAAGAGGGAUAUCAAUGAGCAUUUAGUUAAGGCUAUGUACACCUACACAGCAUAUCCUUCUGGGAUGCAGAUUGCAAGUGUGACUGAAGCACUGAUCCGAAAAUACCCAUGUCUGAAGGAACCAGGCUCUUUAUCUGGCUUUCAUGGCUGGCAAAUGAGCCUGAAGUACAAGAUGGCUGAUUACAGAAGACGACUCAGCAAGUUUGGUUGUCCUGAAGUUGCAUGCAACACAUUGAAAAAGAAGAACCCUGAGGACAGGAAGCCUGCCAAAAAUGUCAAAAAACCUCGUAAGGCAGAAGUGAAUUAUCUACCACCUUACCCAGCUGGGGAAAAUCAGGAAAGUUUGGAACAAGAGAGAGUUGAUCUACUGACUGAAGUGAAAAAGAGGGACAAUACCAUUGUGGUCAACGAAAAAAUGUCAAAAACCUUUGCUCUCCGAAGACAUGAGGUGGUUGAACUUUGUCCCAGUGUUGCAGAAUUCAAAGAUCGCUGGCCUGCUCUAUUUGACCUUCUCCAGAUUAAUGAAGAAUUUAGGAGAAUCACCACUCUGCACCUAGAACCAAAAUUUAUGAAGAUGUUGGACUUCUACACUCCUAAACUUUUGGCCAUAUUCACUUGCAGAGGAGGACUACUGGGCCGGACUUUAAAGGAGAAAAUUGAACCCAUGAUGCAGAAUCCUGAUAAAAACAUCGACAUGAUGAGAGACGUUGUCCUCCGUUGCUUGAUUUUUUAUCUGGGUGAAAAAGAGGAUGACCUCAUCCAAGAGUACAAUUGUGACAAUGGAGAUAUCCUGCAGCACAUAAUGAAAAUUGCCAUCUGCAAGAGGGAUUAUCAGGAGGAUUUCAGCAUCAUCUUGGAGGGGGUGCAAGUCAUGGCUGGCUUGGAAAAUCUGGCAAGAGCCUGUGCUGUUCUUCUUGGACUCACAUAUGCACUUAACCUCACCUACCCGAAAGAACUUAGGCACACUUUUGAGGCCUUUCAGAAGCUCUUCUUGGAACUGGAUGUUUGCAAGUUUUCACCAAAAAUACUAACACUUAAAAACAAACUCAUGACUUAGAUUGAGACAAUGCAUUAUUACCAAGUUCUGGUGAAAAGUAAACUGCAUUGAUUGAUGAACGUUUAAUAUUGUUCUACAUACAAGCUUUCAGAAAGUACAAAUGUUUUACAAAGUCUUGCUACAAGUUAUUCUCAAGUUUUAGUCCAUAAUGUGACUUUUCUAACAGAAAAAUGUUGCAUACAAAUUUGUAUGCACAAGUUUUACAAAAUGAUCUUUCUCAUGGAAAAUGUUGGCAUUUUUUAAUUUUAUUUUCAUAUCUUAAAACUGCUGACUUACAUUUUAUACAGAUUUGUUUUAUUUGUGCAAAAAAAAGAAAGAUUAAAAGCAUGUUUGAUAACAAAAA